GGGAAGGACUGGAAGGGGCCGCAGCCCGCGGGUCGCGGGAGCCCUCCGGGAGGCGUCUGGCUCGCUCGCCGGGGAUAUGCUACGGGAAGCCGCCAACGCGCAGACAGCCGCCCCGCGGCGCCCGGGAGAGUCGGGAGACUGCAGGCUGGUUCUUCAAAGGACUCAUCUCUAACUGUGUCUUCUCACCGAGCUCUGACUGCUUCCCAGUGGGAACCACAGAGGGACAGCUCUGGUGUGUUCUUGGAGAAAAACCCCAUGGGGACUGUACCUGCCCCUCUGAGAGUGACAAAAACUUCCCUAGGUUCUGGGAAAGACGAGGCUCAAGGAGAGCUGCAGGCUGUGUCACCUCUGCACCAGCCAUCUCAUCCAAGUAAGAAUGCCAAUGGCCUUGCAGGCAACCCUGCAGAACCAAGCCUCAGGCCCAGGGCAGCUGUUGAGGCCCUGAUGCAAACUUUUGAGCAUGAGACCACCCAGCCAGACAUGUCAUCUUCUGGUGUCCUCAGUGCAGUGGAGAGAGUGUCACCCACACACAACACUUCUGGUGACCCCCAGCUUCCAGGAAGCAAGCAGUCCGCAACACCAACCCCAAGUCCUACUGCAGGAAAGGAACUUGCACAUGAACCACUUGUAAUGCCAGCCAGUCAGCACACUGACCAGGCUGCCCCAGGUAGCCAGCCUCAUCCUAGUACCUUUCCAGUACAUGAAGAUUCCUCAGUGAAAUCACAAAGGCCCUCUGAUAGCAAACAGCCAGAGAAGGGAGGUUGUCCUGCAGGGGUCACCAGUGGCAGCUGCAGUGAUCAAGUGACCUUGAAUUUUCCCUCUCAAGAAAAUCCCCAGGGACUGGUACAGUCUCCAAACUUAGCAGCUGAGGUGUUCAGUCAUUCAUCUUCUGCUGAUGAACCUGAUGGGGAAGGGCAGCAAGCCAUCUGUGACCCCAAGAUGAGGUCCUGUGAGACUACAGCAAGAGGAUGUUCAGAUAACAAGCCACCCUCAACCACUGUCUUGGACAUGGAAGGUAUGAUAUCUGAGACACCUCCACUGUCCCACCUACCUAGCAGAGGUUGCACAUACCCUCGGGUUUCAGAGAAGGUGCUUCCAGAACAUGAGGUAUCAAGGUUCAAGGAAGUCAGCACGAUGACCACCCGAGCUGAAAGUGAGGUAAAUGAAGUCCCUGGCAGAGCUCUGCAAGAUGCUGAGGUACAGGCAGUGGCCAGCAUGGAAAGCAGGUCAGUUUCCACCAGCCCAAGCAUCCUCACUGCAUUCCUGAAGGAAAUCACUGUCCCUAAGCAUUCAGAACAAGAGAAGCUUUGUGUCAUUUGCCACAGUGGUGGCAAUGGGAGCCACAUGUUGGAGCUCUCUGACAACAUGCUGGACCCUCAGGAGUCAAAGUGGUGCCUGAGCAUUGUGCCUCAGGUGCACAUUCAAGGAGCUGCUGCUGUUUCUACAGCUCCCAAAGGGGAAUGCAAAACAGCUAGCCUGCCAGGCCCAUCAGUCAGCAUGGCCUGCAGUCAUAACCAGUAUACCUGCAAAGAUGGGGGGUCAGCAGGUGUAACUCCAACCAGGAAAGAGCCAACCUCUAGACAGCCUGCAGGUACUAAUGCUGGCUCCCAGAAAGCAGGAAGUGGAGCCAAAGAAAGUCCAGACUCACUGGAAUGUAUAGUGCAAACCACAAAGGACCACAGAACAAAGCCAGACAGCACUCUGCCCAAUACCUGUGGCCCUCUCAGCACAAGUGACCAACCAGGGAGCUCAAACCUCAUUGACAAAGGAGGUGCCAAGGAAGUGAAGCCCAAAUCUCAGAGCUUCAAAGAGCAAGAGUCUUCUGGCACCGAUGUGCUGGAUGCCAAGCCUCUGGUGAUCAAGCCUGAAUCCCAGGAAAAUGGAGGCCCAGGGCCAGAGGCCAGCCCCGCCAUGAGAAAGAACCAGGAGAGCACCUUGGAAGAAAACAGACAGUCCAAGACAGCCACAAGCCUGAGCCUGCCAUCCGAUGCCAUGGGUGACUCCAGCCCAGGCUCGGGCAAGAGGACCCCUUCGCGCUCGGUCAAGGCCAGCCCGCGCCGGGCCAGCCGGGUCAGCGAGUUCCUCAAGGAGCUCAACGUUACGGCCGUGGCCCAGGUGGGACUCACACCCGGGGAGAAGAAGAAGCAGCUGGGUGCAGACUCCAAGCUGCAGCUGAAGCAGUCCAAGCGGGUCCGGGACGUGGUGUGGGAUGAGCAGGGCAUGACCUGGGAAGUGUAUGGGGCUUCCUUGGACCCAGAGUCUCUGGGGAUUGCAAUCCAGAACCAUUUACAAAGACAAAUUAGGGAGCAUGAGAAAUUAGUAAAAACACAAAGUGGCCAGAGCCGACAAUCCAUUUCCUCAGACACUUCCUCAAAUAAGAAGCUCAAAGGAAGGCAGCACAGCUUGCUCCAGUCGAUGCUCCAGAACUUUCGACGCCCCACUUGCUGUGUCCGGCCUGCGCCUUCUUCUGUUUUAGAUUGAAAAGGACAAAUGUGGAUGGGGGUUCCGUGUAUCUGUUUUAUAUUCCUAUAUAUCCAACUAUAUCAAAACUUACUUAGCUUUUAUCUGAGAGACCAGGAAGAACAAGCAAGGAUUAACUAUGGGAAACGAGUGUUAAAAGUUGUUGGGUUAUUGUAAGAGCUUCGUAAGUAAAAGGCUAUUUCAAUUUGAAAGAAAGAACAACAGGGAAGAAAACCAAGGUUCAUUGGAAAUUUGCAACGUCAAUUAAGAGGAAAUAAUCACUUGAUGUUUAAAUAUGUUUACUAUACAUAUAAUAACUUUAUCAUUAUACAUGAGUCGGUUUGUAUUAUCACCUCAGUCCAUAACAUUAUAGUAUUCCUACUAUAGUCUCUUCUCUGUAUUAAAAAUAGCAAAAACACAUAAUUUCCAUUCCUUUGGAAAUAAGAAUGGUAUUAUCACAAAAUGUUAAGUAGUUGAAAAGAACUUUAAUGUAAAAAUUGAAAUAAACUUUACCCGUUCUUUGGACAGAUAACAUUAAAUGAAAAUAAUCAAAAGUAAAUAAUUCCAAAUAUGAGUUAGUAUUUAUAAACAUUUCAGGUAACCCUUUUUUAUAAUAUGAGAAGAUUACAUGAGGAAAAUUAGCUAAGCCUCCAAAUAUGAAUACUUUUUUUAUAUAAAUAUACAUUUUAUCACUAAAGACAAAGUACAUUUCUGUGAUCCUAACCAUAUUCAUAUUUUCAUACCCUGGAGGAAGUACUUGGAACUGGAGUCAUCAAAUUAGCGAUGCUAGAAAAUUUUAUAUUGCGGAGGUGUUCUCCAGUAACAUUCUGAAGAUAUUUAGGUUUGGGUAAGGAAUUAAAAAUAGCAUACUGCCAAACAUUGCUUUUGUUCUGUGUUGAUGAAAGAAAGGCCUCAUGAGUAACAAUAGUAUGUUUAGUCUGGACUCUGGUUAGCAGCAUGAAA